AUGGAAAAACUGCUGAGACCCGAUCGUUUUGAAGCAGACCAAAAUUCACCCACAGCAGCCAAGGAGUGGUCUCAUUGGAAGAAAUUGUUCCAAAAUUAUAUUGCAGAGGCCAAACUAAAAGAGGAGGAUAAAUUAAAGGUACUCAUUAACUUUUUAAGCCACUCAGACUAUAUAAGCGACUGUAAAGAUUUCAGUGAUGCUAUUAAAAUUCUAGAUGGUAUUUAUAUAAAGCCUAAAAAUGAAAUAUUUGCCAGACAUCUAUUAGCCACAAAGAAACAACUGACAAGUGAAUCUAUUGACCAAUACUUGCAGUCUCUAAAGAUUUUAGCUAAGGAAUGUACAUUUAAAGCCGUUAGUCCCUCACAGUAUAAGGAUGAGUACAUAAGAGACGCAUUCAUUAAUGGUAUCAUGUCUAAUAGCAUCCGUCAACGUCUGUUAGAAAACGACGAACUAAGUCUAGAACGAGCAGUGAUGCAGUCACGAGCGCUAGAGAUGGCACAAAAGCAGUCUGAAGCCUACUCUAUGCCUGUAGAAUCUAUAAAUCAUGUAAAUACCGAAGCAGAAGACGAACAAUCUGAAUCAAUGAUUGCAGCCAUCCGACAAAAAUGUUUUUUUUGCGGGUAUGACCGGCAUCCGCGUAGCUCUUGUCCAGCUAGGGAAGCUGUGUGUAGGAAUUGUGACAAAAAAGGUCAUUUCUCCAAAGUUUGCAAAUUAAAGAAAACUCAAAACUCAAAUAAGUCUAAUACAACUACUUCGGCUUUUAUUGCAAAUCUAGCCUGCAUCUCUGCAAAUUUACCGGGUGCUCUAUCAAAAACAGUUAUUAAAGUUAGAGUCAAUAAUAUGGAAGCAAAUGGUCUAGUGGAUACUGGAGGUUCAAGUAGCUUCAUAGAUGAUGAAUUUGUCCAGCAUCAUAAAAUAAAGGUAUUUCCUAAGAAGGGACAGGUAGUUUUAGCAUCUGCAGAGCAUUCAUCACACUUAAAAGGGUUUGUUUGCGUAGACUUAUCAUUGCAAGGGCACGUGUAUAAAGAUGUCAAAUUAUCAGUACUGUCAAAAUUAUGCACUGAUGUUCUCAUAGGUCAUGAUAUAUUACAGAAACACUCUAAAGUAGAAGUUACCUUUGGCGGGUCUAAAUCCCCUUUAUUAAUCUGUAAUAUGUCUUCAACAGCAAUAGAACCAAAUGUAAUAAAACCCAUGCCCUCACUUGUAAUAGAACCUCCUCGCCUUUUCAAGAACAUAGCUUCCAACUGCAAACCUAUAGCUGUCAAAUUACGCCAAUAUUCUGAGGAGGACUAUACAUUUAUCAAGGAUGAAAUAAUUAAAUUAUUGAAUGAAAAUGUUAUUGAGGAGAUGUAUGUCGCCAUGGCGAGCCCAGAUAUUAGUUACAAAAACUGA